AAUACGCAAAACAACGUCUAGUCUGCCGGAAACUCACAAGAAGAAGUAAACGGAAGUGAACAGUUAUGAAAAAACAAUUUCCACGUUAUCGUUUUUAUUGUUGUUGUUUAGACGUGUAUUAACAGACAUGAACUCAAAAUAUGACUAAUUUAACUGCAUCGUAUCACACCCCAUAUCGUGUUUAAUUCACGUUGGAGACAGGACUUGGUUGAUAGCUGUUAUCUAGGUAACGCUAGCUAGCUGCUAACGUUAGCAAAAAAUGGCUAACUGUAUGGUUUUUCACACUCAAAUAGCCUCCAUCAUGGAGGUGCUAGCGAAUGCCGCCGUGGCAGAGAUCUGUAAACUCGUAGACGACGACUAUGCAGUGUUUCGUUUGGAAAUAAAUCAAAGCCAGAAAGAAAACAGGUCAUUGCGGAGGAAACUACUGGAACUGAAGGUUGCACGGGAGCGCGCAGAAAGGACAAUGCGAGAGCGCGUCCUCGCCAGUCGUCCCAGUAGUGUCAAGAUCCUUGACCGAUACAGAGGAAUUUCAAGAGGUGAAGGACAUCUCACUGGAGGCCACAGAAGCUUUCUGAAGCCAGCGGAACACAAUACAUGGAGAGAUGACCAAACAAUCACUGUUGAUGAGGGGAGUGGAACCACAUCGCAGAGUUUUAUGGUGAUAGAGUCUGCAGAUGCAGAGGCUACAGGUCCUGGGGUCAAGCAGGAGAGGUCUGAAGGAGAGGAGGACCCACGGAACAUCAGAGACAUUCAGUCUGGAGCGCCCUCUGCAGCCACGGAGGACUCCACCAACCAAGCGCAACCUAGGACCCGACGCAGCAUCACGGAGGAGGAGGAGGGUCCAGAGGUGUUGCUGGUGAAGGAGGAGGGGUGUGAGGAGGGUCUGGGGAACCCAGAGGGGACCAUGGUCAUAGAGGACAACCAGACUACACCUCCUCCUGAACCCACUGAGCAGCACAAGACCACACACAAUUUCACUGAGUCAGUAGACAUGGAGGAUGGGAAGCCUGAUCUGCUGAUUGUCAAAGAGGAGACAAUAGAAGAUGAACCAGAGAGCAUUGACCUGCUGAGUAGACUAAAGAUGGGGGAGCAAGGUGGUUGGCUGGAGGCUAACAGGGGAGACUGGGCGGCCAUCUUGGAUUCCCAGAACCAGACGAGUGCAACCAAGGGCCCAGGGGACAUCACUGAGAAGGCCAGGACCAGAGGUGACAUAGUGGAGUCUGCAGUCCAUGAAGACCUGCUGAUAUCAGGUGUUGCUGGCGGAAGAGACUGGACCUCUGAGGCGGCAGGUCACAAACCUUGGCCUCGAAUCAGGACAGUGGAUCAAGAGCCGUCACUCUUCCUUCCCGAGUCGGAACCAGGACCCAACCGUGAGGGACAGAGACUCCACCACCACCACUACACAGAACACAACCAGUGGACAGGUGGACUGAACAACCUCAGUCCUGGUGGUCAUCAGAGAGACAGAGGCUCCAGUCAGGAAUCUAGUCUGCAGACCAGACCCUUCUCUUCACAGUCUCAGUGCAGGGAUGGAGCAGUGCCUGGGGCUGAUAGAGAUAGACCCUCCUGUUCUUAUAAUACAAACACCACAGUAUCCAUGAUGAACAGAGCAGGUCACCCUGGGCUUCAGCCUUCAAAGAGGGUGGUGGGCGACCCUCCUGGUGGUAGUCUUUCAGGAAGUCUGUCUUCUUCAGGGUCUCGUCUAAUGCCUAGUGACUGGGUUCAUAGAAAGCCUGGACCUGGAUCUAGCCUUCCUCAGUUACCUCAUGGUUACCCCACCAACACAGACAGGGUCAGGAUGGGCGUUCCCCACGAGAUGUACCUUGCUUAUAACACAGCACACAAUCCCAACAACACCCAAACAAUGACUAGAGGUCAAGGAGGGAGCUCAAAGACUAACCACCUGGGGGCGGUGGCUCCUGCUUCUACCUCCUCUGGUGUCAUCGGGUCACAACGUGGGAGGCUGAGCAUUAGGACGGACGCAGACAAGCCAUACGCCUGCCCCACAUGUGGGAAGCGCUUUACUGAGGCAAACUAUGUGAAGAAGCACCAGACAGUUCACACCAAGGAGAGGCCCUUCAAGUGCAAACUAUGUCACAAGAGCUUCUCCUUCCUGACUAACCUUACCAGACAUAGGAGUGUCCACAAAGGAGAGAAAUCAUAACAGUGUGGCUUGAGUUUUACGCAGAGGAUAUCUGGGAACCAUUCUUUAGCUGCCAAACACUACAUGGCCAAAAGUAUGUGGACACCUUCUCGUCGAACAUCUCAUUCCAAAAUCAUGGACAUUUAUAUGGUCUCCCCUUUGCUGCUAUAACAUCCUGCACUCUUCUAGUAAGGCUUUCCACUAGAUGUUGGAACAUUGCUGUGGGUCUUGCACUGUCUUGGCACUGUUGUUAAGUGAUCGGGCAGGUAGCGUUCUCGUGGCAUCCGCCAAACCCAGAUUCGUCCAUUGGACUGCCAGAUGGUGAAGUCGUU